AUGUCUGGUUCCUUGUCAGGUGUUGCAUGCUUCGCUCAACAAACAUCAAUAUAUAGCCUGAUAGAAAAGUUUGUCCCAUAUUUUGCAUCCUGAUUUAGCGGAAAUAUUAUAUGAAGUAAUUUCCUGAGAUGUCUGAACCUCAGAAUAAAAAAUCCGCCAUGACAACACUGGACCAGUUGAAGGAAUUAACUGUCAUAGUUGCAGACACUGGCGAUUUCGAAGCUAUGAAAGAAUAUAAGCCUACUGAUGCUACAACCAACCCUUCUCUGAUAUCAGCAGCAGCAAAUAUGCCAGCAUACCAACAUCUUAUUGAAGAGGCUGUUACCUUUGCCAAAAAAAGUGGAGGGACAAUGGAACAACAAAUAGAAGCUGCCAUGGAUAAGGUAUAUGUUUUGUUUGGUUUAGAGAUUCUGAAAAUUGUACCUGGCAGAGUUUCAACAGAGGUUGAUGCAAGAAUGUCAUUUGACAAAGAUGGGAUGAUUGCUAAAGCUAAAAAACUAAUAGAUAUGUAUAAAGCUGCUGGUGUGAGCAAAGACAGAAUUCUUAUUAAAUUAUCAUCAACAUGGGAAGGAAUAGAAGCAGCAAAGGUAUUAGAAAGCAAGUAUGGAAUACAUGUCAACAUGACUUUAUUGUUUAACUUUUAUCAAGCUGUAGCGUGUGCUGAAGCUGGAGCAACACUUAUUUCACCUUUUGUUGGAAGAAUUUAUGAUUGGUUUGUUAAAAAUACAGACCAGAAAACAUUUGAAAGAUUAGAUGAUCCAGGUGUGAAAAGUGUGACAAAAAUUUACAACUAUUACAAGAAAUUUGGCUAUGAUACAGUAGUAAUGGGUGCUUCCUUCAGAAAUACAGAUCAAAUUCUUGGUCUAGCUGGAUGUGAUCUCUUAACAAUCUCACCUGGUUUGCUAAAGAAACUGUCUGAGGCAAAUGAGCAGAUAUCUUCUGUUCUAUCCGAAAAAUUAGCAAAUUCUUGUGACUUGGAAGAGGUCACAGUAGAUGAAAACAAAUUUCGUUGGGAGAUGAAUGAAGAUGCCAUGGCAACAGAUAAAUUAGCCGAUGGAAUCAGACGAUUUGCUGUUGAUGCUGUUAAGCUAGAAAAUCUGUUCAAACAAAAAUUACAGUGAAAUAGGAGAAAAUUUAUGUACUUUCAAAAAUGAUAAUUUAGAUCUGUAGAUAUAUAUAUACAUAGAUAUAUGUUAGCAAGUUAAAACACUGCAAUCAAAUUAUAGAUUAAAAAGAGCGCUUCGAGUAUAUGAUACUAAAAUAAAGCUUUGCUUAAAAACUAUCAUAACAGGAUUUUUUUAAAUCAUUCAAAGCAAGAAUGAUAUCUAAAUAUUAUAUUAAUAAAAUUGUGGGAUAUUACAUCAUUCAUUUGAUGAUAACAUUUAUUAGCUUGAUAAUAUUUUGAUAAAUGUGAUGUAUAUUUCAGUGAAAUAAUAGUUGAUAAGACAAUAUAUACAUGUGUUCUUUAAAAAAAAGUUAUUUAAUAAAAUUUUAUGAAAUGAA